AACACAAGGGGGGAAACUUGCAAAAGCUGCAGCUUGCUCAGUGUGCUUUGGAGAUUACUCUGCCUCUGAAAACCUUCACCAUGGUCGACGCCUUCUGUGCCACUUGGAAACUGGUCGACAGUGAGAAUUUUGAUGAUUACAUGAAAGCACUUGGUGUGGGCUUUGCCACCCGGCAGGUUGGUAAUGUGACCAAGCCGACUGUUAUCAUCAGCCAGGAGGGCGACAAGGUGGUGAUUCGCACCCAGAGCACCUUCAAAAACACAGAGAUCUCCUUCAAGCUGGGAGAGGAGUUUGACGAAGCCACCGCUGAUGACAGGACCUGCAAAUCCACAGUGACUAUGGACGGAGACAAGUUGGUCCACGUCCAGAAGUGGGACGGCAAAGAGACCAAGUUUGUCAGAGAAAUCAAGGACGGCAAGAUGGUCAUGAAUCUGACCUUUGAAGACAUCCAUGCAGUGCGUACCUACGAGAAGGCAUGAGUGCUCCGACCGACAGCGUCCCAAACCAGCCAACAAGUGUUGAUUUUAUAAUUAUUAUUGACUGACUGUAUGCUUCUCUUUGCACUUCAUCCUCCUCCACAUGUUCACGGCCCGCAGGCUGCACGUUUUGUAAGAAUUUUUUUUUAUAUGAGUACAUUUCGGUGGUGAUGGAUGGAUCGUCUUUGCAACCCUGUGUGAAACAUGAAAUAAAAAACACAGAGAGUAAA